AUGUCGCUAUUAUUCGGGUACCCCGUAUUCCUCGAAAACCUCCAUGGGAAGACGAAGCCUGCUCCAAAGAAGAAUAUAGCUGAACAGACAUGGUCUGAUGAUCGGGUGGAUAGUCUUCGUGCGAGACAGCAGAAACGCAAGAUUGUAGACACUCUGAACAAGGAGCCAAAGCUUGUGCCGAUCCAGGAUGCUGCUACUCGAUGGAAGCCCACGUUUUUUAUGCUCGUACGCGCAAAAAAACCCCAGCAGGCCUUCCGCGCUUUCUGCUCAUAUUACGAUCAAAAGCACUUUGCCUUGAGUCAGGAGCAGUGGCGACAAGUAGACUAUCUUAUCUACACUCUUCAGUCUUUUCACCGGUUCACAACCAUUCUCUCUAAGUCAAAGGAUGUCACUAUACAUCGGGUCUUUAAGGUCUACAAUAAGCUGUUUGAUCAGAUGGCAAAAUAG